AUCAUAGCUCUAUUCAGGUGGAGUUCCCUAACUGCUUAGGGAUUACGAGUACCUGGCCAGAACACUAGAUCGGGUUUUAGUGAAGAUAAACAUCCAAGGAUGCCUUAAAACAUCUCAUCCAACCAAUGCUAACGAGCUGGUAGUCCAACGCCAAGCUGAUCUCCAGGUUUCAAGUAAAAGCUCCAAUGUCGGAGUCAACGUUGACCGAGUUUCAACGCGUUAUUAUAAAUACUUACUACUUGGUAGGUAGAUAUUGAUAUUCAGAAUGAACUCAUAAUCCUCGUUACGACCGAAGUAGCUCCCUAUUUUGCAUCGCUCGAAAGUCGGCUGUCUUGGAAAUCCGACACAUUGAGGGAAUCACCUACACUAGAUGCUAAAACGCCCGACCGACUCUCUUAGAGCAAUUAUCAUUGUCCAACAAACAACUUGUCGAACCACCCCGGAUAAUAGGCCAAGGGGCCUCUGACAGCGAUGGACUCGAGCAAGGAGCAAUUGCUGAGUCCAGGCUCCGACUACGAGCAACCCCAUUUCCGACGUUCAUAUGAUGCUCGCGAGUCGUUCGACCUUGACUCAGAUCUCGAUGCGACCGAAUUCCUCCAAUCCGAUCCCCUCACGUCCUCAAAACCAUCCACCGGUGCCUUUUCGACCCAGCCUCGUAACCGUUGGCUACGGAAACCGUGCGGGUGCUUCGCUGGUCGCUCAACCAGAUGUAUCAUCGGUUGCUUGGGUAUCUUUGCCCUAGUAUGGCUCAUCCUGGGCGCUGGUGGCUUCUUCGCGUUUAAGAAAUAUAAACAAUCGCCCCCAGACGGCUUAUCACCACCAUGGUACCCGACUCCGAAAGGAGGUUCGGCGAGGUCCUGGGCUGAUAGCUACCGAAAAGCGAGCGAGAUGGUAGCUAAGAUGACGCUGCCGGAGAAAGUGAAUGUUACAACAGGGACAGGGUGGAAGAUGGGUCCAGCUGUAGGAAACACUGGUCCCGCAAUCCACGUAGGGUUCCCAGCCCUGUCACUUCAAGAUGGACCGCUGGGAAUUCGGUUUGCCGAUAAUGCCACCGCAUUCCCCGCGGGUGUAACUGUUGGCGCGACGUGGAACAAGGAGCUGAUGUAUCAGUGGGGGAACGCCCAUGCCAUCGAGGCGAGGAAGAAAGGCAUCAACGUGAUUCUGGGUCCCUGUAUCGGCCCGCUGGGUCGAAUGCCUGCGGGCGGAAGAAACUGGGAAGGCUUCGGAGCAGAUCCCUAUCUCCAAGGUAUCGCAGCAGCCGAAUCUAUCAAAGGAAUACAGGACGAAGGUGUGAUGGCUACCAUCAAGCACCUCGUAGCCAACGAGCAAGAGCACUUCCGCCAGCCGUGGGAGUGGGGUCUUCCGAAUGCGAUCAGCUCCAAUAUUGAUGACCGAACGAUGCAUGAACUAUACCUGUGGCCAUUUGGGGACUCCGUCAAGGCUGGCGUGGCGAGUAUCAUGUGUAGCUAUAACAUGAUCAACAAUUCAUACGCCUGCGGUAACUCAAAGUUACUCAACGGCCUACUACGCGACGAGAUGGGGUUUCAGGGGUUCGUGAUGAGUGAUUGGCUUGCGCAAAGAAGCGGCGUCUCCACCGCGUUGGCUGGUCUGGACAUGACUAUGCCCGGAGACGGAGAAUUCUGGGAGAAUGGUAAAUCAUUUUGGGGUCCCGAACUAACGAGAUCCAUCCUUAACGGGUCGGUGCCUCUCGAUAGGUUGAAUGAUAUGGUUACCCGAAUUGUCGCGGCGUGGUAUCAGCUAGGGCAGGACGACGAAGCGAAAUUUGACCGCAAAGGUCCCAACUUUUCGUCAUGGACUGACGCUCCUGAAGGCGUCUCUGCACCUGGGAGUCCUACAGAGCAGGACCGGGUCCCGGUGAAUAAAUAUAUCAACGUGAUGGACGACCAUGCAUUGAUCGCGCGGCAGAUUGCAGCUGAGGGCACGGUCCUUCUCAAGAACAACGGCUUGCUACCUCUCACCCGCGACGCGAAUGGCCACUCCAAUAGGACACAGCAACGUGACAACCCGCUUCAGAUCGCUAUUUUUGGCGAGGACGCAGGACCCGGCGACGGACCCAAUAGAUGCCCUGAUCGGGGAUGCAACCAGGGCACGUUGGCUUCGGGUUGGGGUUCUGGCGCUGUUGAGUUUCCCUACCUCGUUACGCCGGUCGAGGCUCUAUCUAAGAGUUGGGAAGGUAAUGAGAGCGUGAAAGUAUCAACUUAUCUGACGAAUAAGCCACCGUUUGCAAAACAACCCGAGAUUUUGCAAGAUUCUCAGCUAUGUAUCGUCUUCGCAAACGCUGACUCUGGCGAAGGAUACAAGGCCUGGGAGGGCGUGAAAGGCGAUCGACCAGAUUUGUUCUUACAGAAAGGGGGAGACGACCUAAUUAUCCAAGUCGCGCAAGGGUGCCACGGCGGCGACGGGGACGUGCUUGUUGUCAUUCAUACAGUUGGUCCCGUCGUGAUGGAGAAGUGGAUCGACAUGCCCAAUGUCAAGGCAGUCCUUCUCGCAAAUCUGCCUGGUCAAGAGAGUGGAAACGCACUUGCAGAUGUCAUCUUCGGCGACGUCAACCCAAGCGGAAAGUUACCUUGGACUAUCGGUAAGACUUUGGAGGACUACGGAGAGGGUGCUAAGAUUAUGUACAUACCCAACGGCGUCGUGCCACAGCAGGACUUCAAAGAGGGCCUCUACGUUGACUACCGACAUUUUGACAAGUACGAUAUAGAGCCACGCUUCGAGUUCGGAUUUGGCUUGAGUUAUACUACUUUCGACUUCAGCGACUGUGUUGUCAAGGAGCUUAAGAAGAAAAGUGCCUUCCCUGCGCCGCGACCCAAGGAUUUCGCUGCCCCGCCGGAAUAUGAUACUACCAUUCCUGACGAGGAAGAAACUCUUUUCCCAAAAGACUUUCGAAAGCUCGAGAAAUACGUCUAUCCAUACCUCGAUACUAUUGAUGACAUAGUGUCUGACCCAUACCCCUAUCCCGACGGAUACGAUGUUAAACAGCCGCCCUCGGGUGCGGGAGGCGAGGAGGGUGGAAAUCCUGACCUCUGGGAGACUUACGUCACGGUAUCCGUCAACAUCACAAAUUCUGGAGAUAGAGCGGGCAAGGUCGUGUCACAGCUAUACCUAGAAUACCCGCAAGGUGUCUCUACAGUCGAGUUUCCGGUAAAGGUGCUGCGCGGUUUUAACAAGUUACUGCUAGAAAAAGACGAAGUCAGGACAGUCACAUUCAAUUUGACGAGGCGAGACUUGAGUUACUGGGAUACUGAUGCACAAAAUUGGGCUAUAGUCAUUGAUGGCGAAUAUAAAUUCUUGGUCGGCCAGAGUUCAAGGGACCUGCCUAUUUCUGGUAGCUGGUAAGAUUAUUACCUACCUACCUAGUAUUCCACGGAGGCUUUAAGAGAUAUAACAUGGAUGAGUUUAAGCUUUAAACUUAUGGUAUAGGCAAAAGGGGUAACUAGGCGUUAAAGGAAAAUCAUUCAUUUAUUCUCCCUUUUUUAC